AUGUUUGGUGAAGAGCCAUCAUUUCCUAGAAGUAAAGGAGAUACUACUGAUAGUAAUAACACUAAUAGACCACAAAAAAGAAAAUUUCCUAGGAAGUCAGAAGUAAAAAAUAAAUCAAAUCAAAAAGUAGACAAGUUUCUUGAUGAUGAACAGAAGAAAAAAAAUCUUUAUAUUAAAGAAAAAGAAGAACAUUCUUUAGUUUGGAAAAAACAAUUUUGUUUGUCAUAUGCUACUCCUGGUGUUUUAUGCCUUGCAGUUGUUAAAGAGAUCCGUGAACUUUAUGUUCUUUUGGAGACAUCAAAUUCAGUUAAGUUAAAACUUCCUGCUAAUAUGAUCUCAUAUCAAUUUGCCAAAGCUUCAACUAAUGAAGAAAUUUCACUUUCAUCAAUUGUAACUAAAGGACAAAUGUUAGUUGUUAAAGUUGUUAAAGGAAUAGAGGAAGGUGCAAAAACAAAUGAAAUUACAGUAACAUGUAUACCAAAACAAGUAAAUUCUCAUGUUGUUUCUGGUAAUAUUAAUAUUGGAACAGUUCUCGUUGGGGUACUUGAUAAACUUGAAGAUAAAGGUGCUAUAAUUGAUCUUGGACUUAGUAGUGGUUCUAAAGGUUUUGUUCCAUAUAAUAGUUUACCAUCUUUUGUUGAUUCUUCAAAGUUACAUUUAGGACAACCAUUUUUAUUUUCAGUAACUCAAUGUUCCUCCAGAAUUAUUCAAUUAACAGGAUAUAUUGAGGGCAAUGUUCCAUCACCCGAAGUAGCGAUGCAUUUUGAUAAGGAUAAACUUUUUCCAGGUAUGGUAAUUAUGUGUUCUCCGGAUGAUUUUACUAACACUGGUGUUUAUACAAAUUUUGGAAAUAAUGUUAAAGGUUUUAUUGAUAAAUAUGCAAUGCCACCAAGAUUCAGAGAAGAUCUUAGUACUUUUAAAAAACCAAUUAAAGGAGUAAUAACGAUUUCUAAACCAUCAUCUCCUAUGUUAAUAAUAAAUUGUAAUCCAGAUAUUGUUGCUAUUUCAAAACCAGAAAAAAGAUUAGUAUUUGAUGGUUAUAAAAUUGGUGAUACUAUUGAAUGUGUUGUUAAAGAUAUUCUAAAUGUUGGUUAUUCAUUAGAUCUUCCAGUAAAAGAAGAUGGAAAACCAUGUUUGACAAAUGCAUUUUUAAAAGAAAAUUAUGGUGGAAAUUGUGAAAAAUUAAAAGUUGGUGAUAAAAUUUUAGUUAGAGUGAUUAACUAUAAAAUUUUUGAUAAAUGUUUAGUUGUCACAAAUAAACCUGAAGUUAUGAAACAAAAAAUUAUGUCAUUAGAAAAUGUUGUACCGGGAAAACUUAUUGUUGCAACUGUUCGUGGUGUAACUGAUUCCUGUGUUCGUUUAAAGAUAUCAGAUACAGUACGUGGAACUAUUCCUAAAAUUCAUGCUACAGAUAGGCAAGUAAAAAAUUGGCAACAAAAAUUUGUUGUUGGCAAUAUGUUAAGAGUUCGUCCUUUGUUUAUUGAUGAGGAUUCUGAUAAUGUUAUUUGUACUGCUAAACCAACUUUAUUACAAUCAACAUAUCCACCAGUAACAAGUGUAGACAAAAAGUAUUGUGAUAUGAUCACACAUGGUUAUAUAAUAAAACAACUUCCAAAUGGAUAUUUAAUUUCAUUUUAUAAUAGAGUAAUAGCAUUUAUGCCUAAUAAAUAUGCAGAAACUUUGACACAAACAAGUAUUGGAUCUCCAGUAAAAGUGAGGAUUAUGAAUGUUGAUGUUGAAAAGAAAAAAGUUAUUGUUUGUCCAUCACAUAUUAAUCCUGUAGAUCAUACAAAAGAAAAUUCAAAUAAUGAAAAAAAAGAAAAACAAACUAAGAAAAGUAGUAAUUACAAGAUAAAGAUAUAUACAACAUAUGAAGCUGUUGUUAAAGGACCAUGGAAUCACGAAGCAGGAAAUCCUAGUUGUAGUAUUGAAUUAAUCUUACCAGAAGGAAAUAUUGGAAGAUUACAUGCUUCAGAAUUAGAUCUUUCUAAUUAUAAACUUUAUGAUAAUCCUGUUAGUAUGUUUCUUCAAGAAAAUACUGGAAAAUCAAUAAGAGUUAAAGUUAUUGAAAUGAAAAAUUUGAUGCUUAGUACAAAUUCUGAAAAUACUAAGAAAAAAGAUAAUCCUGUAAAGCAUGUUGAAAAGUUUAAGAUUGCUGAAUGUACAUUAAAGAAACAUAAAAUUGAGUUAGGAAGAAAAUCGGGAAAACUAUUAAAUUAUGCCAAGAAAUUUAAAGUUGGAAGUAUUGUAAGAUGCUUUGUUACAAAAGUUACUAAUCCAAAAAGUUUAUAUGUUGAAAUUAAUCCAUACGUCAAAGGAUUUAUUGCUAGAGAAGUUUUAAAAGAUAUUUCUAAAGAUGAUGGAAAAGAAUAUGAAGAAGGAAUGUUUAUAGAAGGUAAAAUUACAAGUAUUAGUAAAGCUCGUACUUAUCCAACAUUACAAUUAGCAAAUCUUGAAGAUUUAACUAUAGGUAUAAAUCAAGAAGUUACAGGAAAAAUAUUAUCCGUUAAAACAUGUCCACUUCGAAUUUUAGUAUCAUUACCUGGACAACAACUUGGUGUACUUAGACUUUUUGGUAUUUCUACAGAUUUUAAGGAGGCUCUUGAGCUUUUUAAAGAAUUUGAAGUAAAUGAUUGUUUUACUUUUAAAGUUAUAUCUUACAACAAAACUAAAGAAUCUUGGAAUCUUAUUUCAAAACUUGUCUCUGAUACUAUAGCAAAUAACCCAUCUUUAGCUGAAAAAAUAUAUUUUUCUAGAAGGAAAAUUCCUUUUGAAACAGAAAUGAUAGGUCAUGUAAUAUCAAUUAAGGAUAAUUCAUGUCUUGUUGAUAUUUCUCCUUCAGUUACUGGUAGUAUGACUAUUACGGAAAAUGAUAAAAUCCACAUUAAUGAUAUAAUUAAAUGUGCUACCGUUAAAGGAAAGAAAGAUGAAAUGCUUAAACUUAAAUAUGUUAGCACUAUUUUCGAUGGUAGCUUAAUAAAGAUUGAUAAUAGUGAAAUUGAGGAUAAAUCUAAAUUUGAAGAUGUUAAUAGUGGUCACAAUUCAACAAAUGAUACUGUUAUGGAUGAAGAUAUUCCAGUUACUGUUGUAACUUCAGAUAGUGAAUUAAGAAAUCCAGAUGAAAAUAUUUUUAAUGAUUCAUCGGAUGGAGAAUCUGAAACUGAAGAAUCAGAUAAAAAAUUAAAAAACAAAAAAAGAGAGAAAGAAAAGUUUGAUAAUAAUAAUGAAGAGGAAAUAGAGGAAGAAGAAGAUGAGGAUGAUGAAGAAGCAGAAGAGAAUGAUGAAGGAGAAGAAGAAGACGAUGAGGAAGAAGAGGAGGUAGUAGUGAGGAAAAAACCAAAAAUUGAUCUUGCUAAAGAAAUUAAAAAUCUUAGUGAAACUGAAAAGGAAAAAAUUAUAUUUGAAAGACAAGAACAAAUAAAUGAAAAUAAUAUGGAAAUUAAUAAUGAAGAUGAUUUUGAGCGAUUACUUACAGGUUCUCCAAAUGAAUCAAUGCUUUGGAUUAAUUAUAUUGGUUUUUAUCUUGCCAAUGAAAAUAUAGAAAAAGCUCGUGAAAUUGCAGAACGGGCAUUGAAAACAAUCAAUUAUAUGAUGGAAGAUGAAUUAUACAAUAUAUGGGUUGCUUAUUUAAAUAUGGAGUCUAAGUUAGGAGAUGAAAAUAGGAUUAAAAAAAUUUAUGAAAGAGCUGCAAAUAAUGUUAAUGAAUAUAAAAUUAGUAUGCAAUAUAUUAAAAUUUUAAGAAAUGCAACACUUUAUGAUUUACUUGAACAUCACAUUGAGAAAUUUCUCAAAAAAUACGGUCAUACUGAACCUGAAAUAUGGUAUAUUUAUGCUGAACACUUGUAUUUUGUUGAAAAAGCUGAACUUGCAAGAGAAUUACAAAAGCGUGCUUGUUUUUCUUUACCAAAAAAAAUGCAUGUAGAUGUAUUAUGUAAAUUUGCUCAAUUAGAAUAUAAACUUUGUGAUCAGGAGCAAGGAAAAACAAUGUUUGAAAAAAUUGUUCAAGUAUAUAAACAAAGAACAGAUGUUUGGAAUGUUUAUUUAGAUUUAGUUAUAAAAAAUGAAUCUCCUAAAACAACAAGAGAUUUAUUUGAAGAAAUAAUAAAAAUUCCAUUUGGUCCAAAGAAAUUAAAACCAUUCUUUAAAAAAUGGAUAAAAUAUGAGGAAAAACAUGGAGAUUAUAAAUCUCAAAAAUAUGUUCAUGAAAAGGCACAAGAAAUUGUCAAUGACUCAAUGGUGAAUUUGGGUUUAAUAUAA